AUGUGCAUGCACAUGCAAGUUGUGAUCAGGUUGAUCCAGCAGUACCUAAAGGAAAAUAACCUGACACGAACACUACGAGCUCUUCAGGAGGAAACUUCCAUCACGCUUAACACAGUGGACUCUGUGGAGAGCUUCAUGGCAGAUAUCAAUCAGGGUCACUGGGACACUGUGCUCAAGGCAAUUCAGACAUUGAAACUCCCAGACAAGAAACUCAUUGACUUAUAUGAGCAGGUUGUUCUGGAGCUCAUAGAACUGAGAGAGUUGGGAGCUGCCAAGUCAGUGCUACGAAAAACAGAUCCCCUUAUCAUGUUGAAGCAGACUGUACCUGAAAGGUAUGUUCAUCUGGAGAACCUGAUACCCCUUUCAUACUUUGAUCCUCGAGAAGCAUAUCCUAAAGGAGUAACAAAGGAGAGGAGGAGGGCAGCCAUCGCUGCAGCCCUGGCAGGUGAAGUGUCAGUCGUGCCGCCAUCUCGUCUUUGGCCCUUUGGUCGGGCCCUCAAGGGGCAGCAGCAUCAGGGUCUUUGCCCUGCAGGUACCCAGAUUGAUUUGUUCCGAGGUAAGGCAGCCAUGAGGGAGCAAGAGGAGGAGAAAGUACCCACACAGCUGGCAAGAUUUAUCCGUUUCCCACAGAAAGCACAUGUAGAGAGUGCACACUUCAGUCCUGAUGGACAGUACCUCACUGGCAGCUUUGACGGCAUUAUAGAAGUAUGGAAUUUCACCACAGGUGAGACCUCGGUUUUGAAAAUUCGUAAGGAUUUAAAGUAUCAAGAAAAGGAUUCUUACAUGAUGAUGGAAUCUGCUGUACUGAGUUUAGCCUUCAGCAGAGAUUCUGAAAUGCUGUCUGCUGGGUCUCAGGGAGGACAAGUUAAGGUUUGGCGUGUCAGUACAGGUCAGUGCCUGCGGAAGGUAGAACGUGCUCACUCUGAAGGUGUGACAUCUCUUGCCUUCAACAAAGAUAACAGUCAAGUUUUGUCCACAUCCUUUGACAACACACUCAGAAUACAUGGUUUAAAAUCCGGAAAGACGCUAAAGGAAUUUCGCGGUCACUCUUCAUUUGUCAACCAAGCCACAUUUACCCAAGAUGGACACAAUAUUAUCAGUGCAUCGUCAGAUGGUACUGUCAAAGUCUGGUCUGUCAAAACUACAGAAUGUAUAGCUACCUUUAAGUCACUGGCUGGUGUGACAUCAGUGGAUCUUCCAGUAUUCUCUGUCCACAUCUUACCAAAGAACCCAGACCACAUUGUAGUGUGUAAUCGAUCCAACACUGUGACUAUUAUGAACAUGCAAGGCCAGACAGUCAGGUCACUGUCCUCAGGUAAGAGAGAGGGUGGUGACUUUGUAUCAUGUGUAGUGUCACCUCGCGGAGAAUGGAUCUAUUGUGUUGGUGAGGAUCAGGUGUUAUAUUGCUUCUCUACUUCUACAGGCAAGCUAGAGAGAACUUUGAAUGUAAGUAUUCCUUAUGAAUUUAACAAUUUUUUUGUUUAUUUAUUUCUGAGACCAUGUUUUCCAUUUCUCUGUUUAAUAUUGGAUAGUUAUUUUUGUCUAAAGCUUGUUUUUGCAUUUACAUUGUCUCUUUUUUGCCCAAAGUUUAACUACUUAGAUAAAAUGGAAAAUAAUAUUUUAAAUUUGGCAAAAAGAGAAAUGUAA